AUGGCGGCGUCCGCUAAUAACAAGAUCUGGGAGAAAGCUCUCUUGGAGUACCAAAGCAAAUUGAGUCAAAUCGCCGUCUCACUAUCAACCAAGGUGCGGCAACAAUCGCCUUCAUCAGCGAACAAUAGUACUCCCAAUGCCACCAUUGAGGGUAUCAAACGCUUGACAAAGCUUUUGGCCAUCUUCACCACUUCAAUUCCAGAAGUUUCGAAUGUGGUUUGGAUUAGCGUGUCUCUGAUUCAUGAGGUCCGCACCGCUUCCCUUAUCAACAUACAGCGAUCAAUCGUCAAUUCUGAGACUAGAGCUCUUUUUCUGCAAGCUAUCGAAGAUAUAUCGUCGUCGAUUCCCCAAUUCAACGACUAUGAAGAAGUAUUUCCAGACAUGGCUGAUGUGGAGACUGCCAUGAUUCAAUUCUAUUGCAAAGUCAUUGAUCUAUUUUUGGCUAUCCUGGACAGAAUUAAAGGUUGUUCUUCAUGGACCCAUCACAUUGGACUCCUGCCGGCUCCGAUCGCCAUCAAUCGUGCCCUCAAAGAUAUCGAGACACAGAAGGAAGUUGUCCAGAAGAGGGUUAUUGCAGCGAAUGCAAUCCUCCAGAACAAACGACACAAGGAAAUCCAUUUUCUCCUUUCGCAAAUGGCUAUUCAGGCGAGGCCAACAUCUCAGCUGCCGUGUCGGGACAUUCCAUACUCCGCCAACUCACAUUUUCACGGAAGACAAGAGAUUCUUGACAAGAUCAAGGCUCACCUGGUUGUUUCCAGGAAUGAGCGAUCUUCUUUCGCCAUUUCUGGUCUCGGUGGAGUAGGGAAAACCCAGAUUGCGCUGAAGUAUAUCUAUGACCACCUCGAGCAGUUUCCUGCGCUGGAGCCAGAGGAUUCACAGAAAGAUGUCGACGCAGUGACGACGGUGCUGAAGACCUGGCUUGGCGAGACUAAAGAUCACUGGCUCAUUGUAUGCGACAACGCGGACGACUUGAGUGUGCUAAAGCCCUUCUGGCCCCCGGGCAACCAAGGUUGCAUCAUUAUCACCAGUCGAGACCCAGCUUCGGCAAGGGUCGCAAGCGCUGGAAUUCACGUACCUCCUUUUUCUCCUCUGGAAGGGGAGACCUGCUUCGUUUCUCUGCUGACUAGCCGCGCUGAAGCUGGCUUCACCGAUCCACACGACCCUGCUCUGAUAAGGAGAAUUGUUAAAGAAUUAGGUUAUCUUCCGCUUGCGAUUGUCCAUGUGUCGAGCUUCAUCGUGGAACAUGACUGCACCCUGGAGGAGUUCGAAGAUUUAUAUGCAGCUUCACAACAGUCCAACCAGGGUCUUUGGGAUCUGGAAGUAUCAACUACCAAUUUGUUCUAUGAACAUUCCCUUGCCACCGUCUGGCAAGUUUCAAUCACCAGAUUAAGCACGAAUUGCCUGAAGCUUCUGCGAAUUCUAUCAUAUUUCGACCCGGAUGGAGUCCCAGAAGUACUGCUCUGGGAAGGUGCCAAGGAAAGUGAUGUAUUGAGUUUCCUCCGCCGCGGACUCCCAUAUUUCAAUGCACUACACGAGCUGAUCUCGCGGGGACUGAAUCAGUUAUUUGGUGACGCUCUUGAAGUCCUACUCGGAGCCUGGCCCGUGAAUAAUGACAAUCCUUUCAGAAUGAACGCUCUUUGGCCUCAAUGCUCGUUGUAUCUUCCACGUGUUCUUGCUCUGGAGACUCGCUGCAGGGACUCGCCAUAUAUCAAGCCUCGAGUGGGAGUUAUCCGCUUGUUUUUCUACGCAUCGUGGUACCUCUUCGAACGACGCAUGUCGGAGCUUACUUUCCCUCUUCUUCAGACAGCCCGGGGUAUUUGCGCCAGGAAUGGUGACAGCGAUCCUUUCUUCGCCAAGCUACUUACAGCCUAUGGCUGUGUGUGCUUGGAGUGCGAUCAGGUUCCACACGCUGCAGAGAAGUUCUCUCAAGUUGUGGAUUGCUACCGCAAGCGUGCAGAACCCAAUGACUGGCUGCUUGCAACGGCACUGUCUGAUCUUGGGUGUGCGCGCACCGACUUAGGGGACUACGCCCGGAGUGAGCAGCUGUUCAGCGAGGCACUGCGGGUCGCAAACGCUAUACCUGGUCCUGCUGGGAAGGAUUGGCAAGUCCAUGUCGGCCAUAAUCUAUCCAGACUGCUCAUUAUGAUGGGACGCCCAGAAGAAGCCCUGCGGCUCCAGUUCUUACAAGGGGAUGAGUUCGCCGGAGGGUUGAUACAAGAGGACAGCCAGCGGGGGGCGCUGUUCUUGUAUGGAAUUGGAAACACGUACCUGGCUCUCGCACAGAAAAAAGGCAUCGAAGGCGCUGAGGAGCGAAGGAUGGCAUUUCAGUAUCAUACUCGAACACUGAAGGUACGAACUCAAUUGUGCGGUGAUCACUACAUCACAGGCACGUCCUUACACAAGGUUGGUGUUCUCCUACAUGAAGCUGGAGACCACCAGUCGGCAGGGAACGUCCUGCAGCACGCUAUCACUAUUUUCGAUGAGUCCUUCAAUGCCGACAGGGAGCUUGCCCGAUCUCUGUUCCAUUUUUCCUUGGUGAAGUCGGAUCUGGGUGAGGCAAUGGAAGCGUCCCGCCUUCUCACUGAAGCGUGGCAAUACCAAGAGAGAAUCACGGGAACGAAAAGGAAUCCCGACAUCGAGAAAGACUAUUCUCUUUUUGAUAAGCUAGUCUUGUAUGUUCAUAACUAA